AUAAACUAUUACACCAGUUUUCCUUUUUGUCAUUUCUCUCAAGUGCAGUCGGUCAUAUUUUGUAUAGUUUCUUUUUUCAUUGAAUUUUAGCUUUUAAUAAAGGUAAUUAUUUAUAGAUCUUAUAUGUUUUUAUAUCAGCAGAUAAAUUACUCUGUUAAGCUAUAUUCAGUAUAUAACAAUAUUAAUUGAUCUAUUUGAUUCACUGAGAAAAAACCACUAUUGUGACACAAGAAGUACAUUUUAACAAACAUCAGGGACUAAAUUUUUAAACACAAAUAGUGUUUGUAUUUAUUUUAUUACUAAUUGGUCUAUAAAUAUUGAAUAAAUAUUUAAACAGUUGUAAUGAUUUAAGAAGUAUUCUUUCCAUUAAAAAAGUGAAUUGGUUGUGUGACUGAACUUUCCACAUACAGAAGAUUGUGUCAGGUCAAAGGCACUCAAUACUAGGCCUACGUGUUUAUUGCCCUCAGAUUGGAUAGAGAGGUUAUAAGGUGAUAAUGAUAAUAAUAUCUCAAAAUAAAUUCGUUUUUUUAUUGACUGCAAUGACAUUGCGCAAAUAAUUAAAAUUAAAUAUAUCUUUUGCAGGUCAGUCCCUUUAGUUGUAAAUUAAUACCUUCUUGUCAAGGACAAGUGUAAGAGUAAUAAAUUAUGUCCAAGUUUAUAAUUGAAAAAAAUACAUUAACUGUGUGUUUGUUUUGUUAACAAUGGCAAAUUCUGUUAAGCCCUUAUGAUAAUUUAUCGUCAGUAACAAACUCUAAAUAAAGAGUACAUCUAAGUACCAUAAUUAUGUUAAAAAUAAAAGUUUACACUAAAAUUAAUACAUUUUUUAUACAAUACUUUAAUUUAUUGGCCAAUAUUCUAGCAUAGACUACAUUGUCUUUUAUAUCUGUAUUGCUAGUAUUUACCUAUUGUUUUGCACGUAAUUUAGUAAGCAUUGCACAUGUAUGACAUUGCUGGGUAGAGUGAACUGUAUUUCCGACACCAAUGUUGAGUUUGCCUUCUUACCACGAUCAAGAAUUUAUGUCAAAAAGUUCAUAUUUAUGGCCAUAUAAAUAUAUGGCCAUAUGGUUAAUAUUUACUCCGUCCUCAGUAUAUUUUGUUCCAUAGACGAUAUUGCCUUGUUUCAUGAUCUAUAAGAUAUAUAUCACAGAUCAGUGAAGUCUAAUUCUGUCAAAAAACAACUAAGAUGGAUAUAAGUCUUUAAAUGUAUAGUAAAAGUUAGAUAGUAACUUUAUUAUUUAUAUCUAAUACUUUAUAUUAGCUAAAAAAUGAACAGUUAAAAGUACAUUAACAAUUUACGUCUUUGUUUCUUUAUAAACUGAAAAUUAUAUUUAGUAUUUUAGCACAUUUAGAGAUGUAAAUUCUGUGUUAGUUCAAAAGCACAGUCUAGCAAACUUCCAUCUAUCAUAGUACUUGCUGACUGCUUCAAAGGUGGUCUUCAUAGUCAAAUUCUGACCAUACUAUGUAUUAGUACAUUGUAUAAGGUGGAUAAGUAUUUUCCUAAUCGCUGGAAUCUAAAAACGUCAACAAAAAUUAAUGAUCAUUACUUACAGAAUUUACUCACUAUAAUAAUGUAAACAAGAUGAAAAUAAUAAACAAUGUUUGCACAGAACUGUUGAUUACAUUUGACAUAUUUCACAACUUUAGAGACCAAGGUCGGGUGUUUACUACUUUAAACACUGAUAGGUAGUAACCCGGAGAGAUUUUUUAAAAGAAUAGGCUAAUAUUCAUUCUAGGAACCAUAAGAAUGUCCAUGUUAAAUUCCAAUACACUUGGAUAGGUACGGUUGGAUAGUUUACACUUGAAAACAAACAAACAAAGGAGAUCCCGGAGUUGGCAAGACUGCUUUAGUACAGAUGUUUAUCUCUGAGGGUAGAGAAUUCGCAAAGAACUAUAGUAUGACCCUUGGAGUAGACCUACACCUGAAGAGAUGUCACAUUCCUAAUACUUCCGAUGCUGUUGAUAUGCUCAUUUAUGACUGUGGAGGUCUUGACUUGUACCUUGACUGUCUCAGUCAGUUUUGGGACCAGCCAGACCUACUGCUGCUGGUUUACGAUGUCUGUUCCCCUACUUCUCUACAGUCAGUGGCGGACUGGCACAGACUAGCAAUGUCGGCAGAGUGGGCUGGUGGUGGAGCCAGGCCUGUGGCAGGGUUGCUGCUAGCCAAUAAGACUGACCUGGCAGGGCGCCGACUGGUGGGGGCAGACGAAGGCUCGCAGAUGGCAGGACAGUUGGGUCUCCAUUACGUUGAAGGCUCAGCUAAGGAGAACCAAGGUGUCCAAGAGGCAUUCACCUGGCUGGCCCAACAACUCUACUCUGAAGUCAAUAGGUCCCAGGAUGGUGUAAGGCCAUCAUACAACAGCCUUCACAAAUCUGCUCUUAGAUCUAGCUUGUCCAACCCCUCUUUGAAAUAAUAAAAAGAACCUUGCACAUACUCUCACUUUGAAUUGUCAGAAAAUAAAGAAAUUUAACAAUUAAAGAAGCUUUAUCAGUAGAAACGUUUAUAGUUUAUUACUAGAAUAAUUUUAGACAAGAAAAUGUUUUAAUCUUUCAACUAAAAUAGGUAAGAUUUGGUUAGAAGAGUUUAUUUAUUUAUUGAAAAUCUGUGAAUAUUGGUCAAAUACCAAAAAAUAUUUGUAACCACUUGAAUACUAACAUCUGGAUAUUCAGAUGUGUCAAGAAAUGCCCAGAAAUAUUAUAAACCCCUUUGUUGGGCAUAUAUGGACUUGUCUUUAACUUAUCAGAACAUGCCUAAUUUUGUAUUUUUACUUUUCAAUUAAAUUAAUUCUAUUUAUUAUUUAACUGAUAAUAACUUUUGUACAUUUUCUUCAUCUUUAUCUAUGAAACAUGAGUUUCUAUUGACAUUUGUGAUUGUAAAUAUACUACAAAUUAUGAAUUUAAAAAUAUGUGGAAAAUCAAACAUAUACAAUUUUUCUAAAGUCUGAUAAAUUUUAUUUUUAUUUUAAAGCCAAUAAAAAUUUGUGAUUGUGUACAAUUCUAUAUAUAGUGUUUAGUGAAAUAAAACAUUUUACAUGUGGAGUUUUAGUAAAGAAUGUU